AUGGUUGCAGCUCAGGAGAGAUCCGGUUUCCCAAUGCCAUCAGACACGGGGGGCUCAGAUCCAGGGCUACGCAAAUCGGAGGUGACCAAAGGCCGGGGAACUCGAUACACCCGGCUCCGCUCUUCAGCCAGCUGGGCCAUCCGCACCGAUAAAACACCCCACCGCUGCGGCCGGUCUGAGCACGGCACUAUCCCAACCCAGGACGGGCACACUCGGGUCACAACUGUCAGGCAGAUCUGUAUUCCAGCCAAGCGGCUCUGUGACAGGCUAAACCCGAACGCAGGCGACGGUGGCGGAGCCGGGGAAGAAGAAAGGACCUUCUGCAUCAGCCUGGGCUCCACCUCUCCCCACCGCCGGAGGACGCGGUGCACCUACAGCGCCCGAGGACAAACAGGCGAAACCGGCCUCGCUCGUUUGCGAGCAGAACUGGGAAAGCCCCGCAGAAGCAGCUAUACUCUGCCAGGCCCUGAUUUUUCGUAUGGGCUGUACGUCCACGGGACGGACGGAGGAGUCCCUGAAGCGAUCGGCCGCUGGCACGCCAUGAAGCCCACUGCGGUACUACGGAAGAUGCCCCGCGACUACAUUACCAUGAACCGCGGCGCUCUGAAGGCCGGUUAUGCCACAGCCCAUGAAUUUAACCUGUACUACAAGGCCAAGGAAUUUCGGCGCAAAGCGGAUGAGGAGCGUCGCUUCAAGAGAGGACCUCCCAAAGUACCUGCGGACAUGACGUACGGCAUCGUAUCACGGCCUUCCACUCCCUUCUUUGAUCUCCUCCAUCACAAGUACAAGGAGCUGUGGAUGGAACAGCAGAGGGCAACAACAGUGAUCCAGCGAGAGGAGAAAAAAAAGAAAGAGAAAGCUUAUGAAACUCGCACCACACUUCUCCGAAAACACCCACUACCUGCAAAAGAGGAGUCCUUCUGGCACUUGCCCCGCUUGGAGAAGGUUGGUCCUCAUCUCAGUACUUUUCCAGACAGCGAGGCUCGUAAACGGGCGUUCAGUGCCUACCAUUCAGAAAGGCCUGCGAGAUGCGGUCCCCUUCACCAGGGCAUCUACACAACUAACUGAAGGCUCGACCACCACAGUGCGCUGAGCAGCAUAGCCUUUAGACCCCUGUAAUAGCCAUGGAAAAUAGGUUUUUUUUCUACAGAUUUAGGAAAGUUAUUCUGAUGUUUAUGUAGCCAAAUAAAUCAAAU